CCCAUGAGGUCGUCGACGCUGGUCUUGCUCCUCCUGAUCGGCGUCCAGGCUGUACUGAACAUGGGAGAGGGGGCGGGGCGGGACGCGGCGGCCGGGCGAGCCAAGCCGCCCGCGGGGACCGGGGCGGACGCCCGACCGCCGCCGCAGGACUCGCGGUCUCGCUCCAUCCCCACCGUGGACCCCAAACUGUUCAACAAACGGCGCUACCGAUCGCCACGGGUGCUCUUCAGCGUCCUGCCGCCGGACUCCGACGAGGGCGCGGGGCGGGGCGGCGCCGGGGGGCCCAGGGUUAGGCGGAGGGCGAGCCAGCCCCUCCACCGCGGGGAGUACUCGGUGUGCGACAGCAUCAGCAACUGGGUGGGCAACAAGACCAAGGCCACGGACAUUUCGGGCAACGAGGUGACGGUGCUGCCCGACGUGAACAUCAACAACGUGGUGAAGAAACAGUUCUUCUUCGAGACCACGUGCCGCGGCGCCGCCCGCUCGGGCUCGGCGUCCCCGGGCUGCCGGGGCAUCGACAGCCGCCACUGGAACUCCUACUGCACCAACACGCACACCUACGUGCGGGCGCUCACCUCCUACAGGAACCUGGUGGCCUUCCGCCUCAUCCGCAUCAACGCCGCCUGCGUGUGCGUGCUCAGCCGCAAGUCCUGGAGACACUGA